AUGUCUCAGCAAAAAUUUUUGCUUCCCUGCUACUCAACAGACUUAUGGAAGUAUGAGACUGCAGGAUGCGCCCUAAUUAAGCUAUCGCGAUGCGAUUGUGCUGAUCAGAUAUUCACGUUAACGUUAAGAAGGGUGUUGAAACAUCGCUUCAGAUAUUUGCAACCCACUCUCACGUAUUUCAUCGACUUUGCGGCUGCCUUUGAUUCAAUUGAGAGAACGGCGCUUUGGAGGAUGAUGGAACGUGACGGUGUUCCAGAGAAAAUCGUUAGACUCAUAAAGGCAUUUUAUGAGCGCACAUCGGCGCAGGUCUGUGUAUAUGGGGAGCUGACAGAUUCCUUCGAAAUAAGAACAGGUGUCCAUUAG